AUGGCUUCAUCCCGGUCAACCGGCAAGCGCCUUCCCAUCAGCUGCCAGGCCUGCCGAACACGAAAGAUCAGAUGCUCGCGCGACGGCCGGCCAUGUCAAACAUGCGUACGCCGCGGUCUAGGUGCCGAAGAUUGCAUCUACCUCGGCCAGCCGCGACUUUCAGCUGAGCAAUCCUCCCCCGGCGACAGCGCAGUGCAGAACGAACUGCUAGCACGAAUUCGGAACCUGGAAGGAUUGCUCCAGAAGCAAAUGAACUCGCAGGCCGGUACAUCCACUGGUGGCACAGUCUCGCCACUAGGUGGGACGAGUGCAGCUGGGAGUUUCUCCGAGCCUGAGACAUGGGAAUCCCUCGGCCCCAUGUUGGAUAACGUUGGUAUACUUCGUACUUCUCCUUCGGGUCAUGUGCACUAUGUGCCAUUGGCUUCGCAAUGGGAGUCUUUAGUGGCAAAGAGCCCCGCUGCGGAGUGUUUGCCCAACUCCGAUUCGGAUGUCGCGGAAGAUGAUGAUGAUUUGCAAAUCCCCUUGGCUAGGAACGGGAGUAUCUCACGUGCUGAGCUGUUGUCGAUAUUGCCGCCUGGCCGGUAUUGUGAUACCCUAAAGGAUGUUUAUUUUCAGGUCUUUUCCUCGGUGUUCCAUAUCCUUCACGAUUUGACAUUCGAAGCCGAGUAUCAGCAUUUUUGCCAUGAUCCCGGUAGUGUGUCAACAUCCUGGCUGGCUUUGCUCUUCGCCAUUCUUGCUAUCGCUGUAAGCGCGCUCGAUGAUGAUCAUCCUUUGUUGUCUGAUCUGGGGCGAGAGCGAACGGUCAGCCGAAAUAUCAAAGUGCUAUCAGCGCGAUAUCGAUCUGCCGCAUUGCGGUGCCUCGCUGCUGAUGGGGUGAUGUCCCGACAUUCGAUUAACUCGUUACAAGCUUUGGUUCUCAUUAACUACGCACGAGUCCACCGCGGUCUACCAAUCUGGACAUUGCUAGGAUUUACACAUCACGUUGCAAUAUCAAUGGGUUGCCAUUUAGACCCAGAGCGGUUUACUCUUGGGCCAAUUGAGCGAGAAGAGCGGCGACGGGUCUGGGCCGGACUAAUGAUGCUAUACACCAUCCAAAACACAGCAUUUGGGAGCCUCGACCAGCAGACUCUAACGCAAGACGUGAAAACGCCUGCAGACAUCGACGACGUUGAUCUACUCACCAGCCCAAGUUUGAAACGACCAUCACCUUCAACGUUCCCCCGCCCAACACAGAUGACCUACCUUCUCUUGAAUUUCCGACUCUAUAAAAUCUCCUCGAAGAUUUGUGAAACAAUCUUCAGCUACCCAAGUACAUCCCGAUUCACUACCUCCCACCUCGAAGCGGAAAUCAUCUCCGUCCGUGAAAUGGUCGAGGCUCGCUAUGCUCUCGAUACAAACAACCCCCUCCCCAUUCACCACCAAGCCAACCAUCACAUCCUCUACAGCCAGAUCCAUCAACUUCUUCUACUGCUCCUCCGCCCUAAUCUCUGCCGCUACCUGCAAGGCGAGAUUACACCGGAGACUUGUGCUACAAGGGCAAAGUGCGUCGCUUCCGCUAAGGCUUCACUUUCCAUCUUCGAAACCCUCCUCGAAACACCAUUAUUCAAGCCCUACAAAUGGUAUACCAGCGGACUAGGCAGUUUCCAUGCCUUUCACGCUGCAGUCACAUUAGCCGUCAUCUUACUCAUUCCCGAGGGCCAGUCCGAAUACGAAGAGAUCAAAGAGAUCCUCGAUCGAGCACUAGACAUGUUUGCCUCGCUCUCAGUCCGUAGUGUUUUCUGCAGCAAAGCUGUUCCCAUUAUUCGACAGAUGACCGACGUUGCCUUAACAAAAUACAACCCCCAAUCACCCACCCACUCUCAAUCCCACCUUCAAGCCCAGGCCCAAGUCCAACACCAGCAAAAUCAAGCCAACAUCCAAUCUCAAUCUCACUCUCAGUCCCACAAUCACCUCCUACCAAGCAUCCAGAUGCCACCCUCCAUGUCAAACCUUUCCCCCGGGAUGACAAUGCAAGACAACUAUAACAUCUCGCAUUCGCAAUCCCAAUCUGGAUCGCCGGUGCCAACUACUGCAUCGAUCUCCAGUGAGCACACCAUGCAUUCCAGUUUCGGGCAGAUGCAUCCGCAAAAUUGGAUCAGUCCUACAUCUGUUCCGUGGGAUUCGCUGGGGCCUGCGAAUGGGGGAUAUGGGUUCGAUUAG